AUGGAUGCACUGUCUCCACCUCCGUUAGACCGCACGCCUUCCGCGCACAGCAGGUACACAACAGCAGCAGCCUGGUGUUUUGAGCGGCACUUCGAAGGCCAGGAGCUUCGACCGCCUGUCCGAGUCGUUGUUUUCGAUUGUGAUGAGACGCUCACGUUGUCCACCUUCCUUCCCGACGAUGCUGCACUGCGAACACAGUUGGAUUGGACAUCACCGUGGGAGGAGUACAUUGCCACCGUGAAUUUCGAAUCUCCUUUCGCAACUUCUGGCCGACUAGCCCUGCUUCGGGAGAUGCUCGAAGACUUGCGGAGAGGAACGCACAAGCUGCCUGGUCGAUCGCUGGCGGUGUUGACCCGAAACACCAAUGGACCAGUCGCGUGCUUGAACCUCUUGAGGGCCGCCGAGCUCGCUGAUCUGUUCGAUGCGGUCUGGUGCAUGUCCCAUGUGCCUGGCAUUCCCGCCGGAAUCUAUCGUGCAGGGACAGACUGGGUGGCAUUCGAUCCACCACUUGCUUCACUGCCGGACCACAAGGCGCACGUGCUACACAACAUCGCGGACCAACCAUCAGCUUGGUUCCCACAGAAGACGGAUGGCUCUCUCAUGUCGAUGCUCCCAGAUGCAUUGAGGCCUCAGGAGAUUAUGCUGGUCGAUGAUGUGCGCACCAACUUCCAAUGUGGGGGUAGCGAUCCGAAGAAGGUGUACCGCUGCUGCAAAGUUGCACGCUAUGAUGCGCCAAACUUUCGAGAUAUGGGACUCGUUCGAGACAUGGGUGGGAUCGGAGCGCACAACGAGGAAGACUACAAGACCGUGGUAGAUUUCGCAAAGCGGCCUUGGGCAUACAAAGUUGACUGGCGCGUACAUUGCGUUGAGAAGCCGUUCGAUGGUGCAGCGCUGCAGCCGCCGGUGCAGUUAGUUAUCUUCGAUUUCGACAGCGCGCUGACCUUGUACACCUUCAUGCCGGAGGAUCCACGAUGCAGCGCAGAAAUCGGCUAUGCACCCGAAUCUGUGAAGCGACGGUACGUGGAGUACAACUUCGAAUCGCCGUAUUUGGAAGGAAGCAGAGUGGAGCAGCUGCAGAACCUUCUUGAAUCGUUGUCAAGCGAUCCUGAGACGGGAGAGAGGCGUGUUCUCGCGAUUCUCACUAUCAAUGAGGCUGGGGCUAUCGCCGUACUGAAUAUUCUCAUGAUGGCAGACCUGGCGAAACAUUUCAGUGCAGUGUGGACUCUAUCAGCUCGUAUCGGGCAGCCUGGUGGUGCCUAUAGGACCGGCCAUGAAUGGAGAACGUUCACGCUGCCGGUCAGGGAGGCAGACGGACGACACAAGUCUUCGGUGCUGCAGAGUCUUCUUUCGAGUCCGUCGGGAUGGUUCCCUCAGAUCUCCGGAGGAUCCGGGGAAGAAGCGAUAGAGGAAAGACUUUUGUCUGGGCUGAGCCUGGAAAACAUCGUCUGUGUCGAUGAUGCCCGUUCACCUUCGCUGUUGUUGGAAGACGAUGAGGAGUUCGAAGCACUGCGGCACUGUCGGGUUGCCAGCUACGAUGACGAGUACCGUGAUCAGGGCCUGCUUUGGCACAUGGGAGGUCUUGGCGCACGAAGCGCCGAGGACUACGGUACAUUGCUGUCCUUCGUACGGGCACCCUGGCAUUUUGCCGGCCAGCACCUGGCACAUAUGCCGUCGCGACCGAGCUUUGGCUUUGCGGCGAUGGACACGCCGCGGGAGGACAAGCCGAUUCCCCUUCAGCGCUCAAAAACCGAACAGGAUCUGGCACAGCGAGUGCCAUGCAAAAAAAGAGAGGCGGAGGCAGCAGGAUUGAGUGAUGGGUGUGACGGGGUAAACAAAUAUUUGCUGCUGCUUCGAAUCGUCCUUGCCGAAGUCUUCAAAGACCUUCGGACGAGUGGAUGGCAACUGCAGGAGGUCCAGGAUCGCGCAGAGGUCCUUUUGAGGCCUGCCCCUCAUCGCACCAACAGCGCUUCCAGCGUUGGGAUCAUCAUGCAAUUGACACGGGUGCUUUGGGAUGAGCUUCUCCCUCAACUGGAACAAAGCCCAAAGGCCUCGCCACAGGCGGUGUUGGCACUCCUUGAGCCCUUCGUCGGUCUGGCAGAGGGUUCGUACGCUGAGGGUUUAGUUCGAAGCGUCCAUGAGAACGUGUUCCGAAGGGUGCCAGAUGAUUUGGUGAAGCAGCUGAAGAAGAGAUUGCUGGCUGCGGCUAACGGCGCAGCAACGCAGAAGAAUCGAGAGGCACUCUGCGACACGGUGGCAGAGCUUGAGAAGAGGUGCCUCGACGCCACUGCCAAGCUAGCGCCCGACGAUGCAAGCCUUCCUUCUGAAGGAGCGGCCUCCAAAGAGGAGCGGAGCGAGCGAAGUUGCAAAAAGAAGCGGAAGAGAAAGGUCCGUGCCACUGCCGAGAGUCAGGAGAGGGCAGCUUUGCCCCUGAGAUCGAAAGUCCUGGCGCAGAAGAAGAAGCGGCAGCAGAGGCUUGGAAUCGAGAAGGAAGCUUCAAAACACGCCCAAGAAGUCCAGGUGCAAGGCAAGGGCCAGCUUGCGAGUGAAACGACACGGAAGAAGAAGACCAAAAGGAAAGUGUCCUUCGACCUGAAGAAAAACGAGGUCGUCAGGUUCUCCGAGAAGACACCAGUCUCGAAGAUGAAGGAGAUGCCGCGAAAAAGAGCGAAGAGGAGGUGA